AUUACUUUCUCUCUCUACUCUCCAUGGUCAAGGGAAUUUUUUACAUUUUAUUUCCAUUGACUUUGUAUCUCUAGAGUUUGACGGAGUGCCAUUUUUCGUUUAUGGCUGCUCUUUGAGAGGAGUAGCUGACCCGAGCCCCUCUCUCUCUCUCCUCUCUAUCUCUCUCUAAAGAUGCUUCGAUUAUUGUUGGGAAUUUCAGUAAUUUGCUCGGCGUUAUUGUGGGCUGAAGCUCACAAUGAGCAUGGAGAACCUGCUCACUGUGAAUCUCUCCCUGAUGCAACAAUUCAAGCUGAUUAUAUGCCUGGUUCUAUCACCUUAGAUGGCCACCCUGAGGACUGGAGCAAUGUUGAUGGUUUCUCUUUCUCUCUCCUUCCAGCUUUGGACCCAGACGAAGAGAAUCAAUACCCAGGUGGCCGGAUCACUGUGAAGGCCUUACAUGAUGGGAGCGAUGUUUUCUUUCUACUCCAAGUCAAUGGGAAGUAUGCUUAUGUGAACGGAGACCAUAGUAGAUGCCCUUCUGUUGCUCUCAUGUUCCAAGUUGGGGAGCAUGCCACAUAUCACAAUAUGGGUGCAUGCAAAGAAUCAGUAAAGACAUGCAACAAAACAACUUGUCGGGGCCAUGAAGUUGAUAUUAUGCACUUCGCUAUUGGAACUGCAGUUCCAGGACGGCUCUAUGGUGGCAAUACUAUAGAUAACACUGAUGGAAAUGGGGGUGACAGGUUUGGUCAUUUGGUUGAUUUGUAUUCUUGGAACCCACAUUGUCGUUAUCUUGAUGGGAAGGGCCCUUCAGGAAAUGAUUCUAGUGCACAGAACGACUGGAAGGGAGCAUGGUGGCAUGAUAGUCUUAAUAUCCACUCUGGUUUUGUUGAGGAAGACAGCCCAUAUGCAUCAGCUGACCAAAAUGGUGCAUACUAUUUUGAAUUCUCGAGGCCUCUUAGAACAAUGGACCACCUUCAACAGGAUGUUCAAUUUGUGAUUGGCCAGUCGAGUAAGAUGGCGGUCGCAUUCUGGUACCCAGUGGACAAUAGGCCAUGGAGUGGGUCUCAGCAUUAUUCUGCUCAUUGUGAUUGGAUUCCCUUGGAUAUAUCUCUAGGCUCUACAAAUGUUCAUCGAGGUUCCAGUAGUUCUUGGGACGCUGCAAAUGCAUUCUCUCUACUCUUAUCAGUAGUGGCCUUUUGCAUGUCAGUAUUUGUCGGUUAUUGGGUUCGCAAAUCUAAAUCUGUUCCUUUUACACCCAUUGAUCAUUUGUAGGAUCAGUUCCAAUUCAUCUGAAUCUCGGAAAGCCUCCCUUUCCCUCUUGAUUUGGUAGUGUUUCGAUUUUGACAAUGAGAUGUGUAUAUGAUCUCCUAUUUCUCCUGUUUGAUAAUUGAUAUUUUGUAUUUUAAGUGAUAAUAGAUUAGCCAAUUUGCCGUUGAAAGUCUGUUUCUCUGAACGAAGAGCACCAUGUUUUUUUAUCAUAUUUCUUGAACUUGCUGCGAUCACAAGCAGAUAGCUUUUUUUAUUGACAUAUAUUCUGUCUUGUCUAGCCAUCCUUAAUAGUGGAAUCUAC